CCCCCAAAUUUAUUUUUAUUAUUAUUAUUUAUUCAAAAUAAGCGAUUUCAUUUUUCUUUCAUUUCAUAUCUAAUCUAAUCAAAUCAAAAAACAUUCAUGGCUGAUGAGAUCGAAUUGAAGACUGCACCAGGUGACUACCGUUUCCCAACAACAAACCAAAGCCGACACUGUUUCACGCGCUAUGUAGAGUUUCACAGAUGUGUAGCUGCAAAGGGUGAUGAUGCUUCUGAAUGCGAGAAGUUUGCUAAGUUCUAUCGUUCUCUUUGCCCUGGUGAAUGGGUUGACAGGUGGAAUGAACAGAGGGAGAAUGGUGUAUUUCCAGGCCCUCUGUAAUCUGAUUGGGAUCAUCUGAAGGAAGCUGAUCUGAUGUGGCCUUUAUUGUUUGUUAUAAUGGUUGCAAGAUUAUUUUGAUAAUAAGAUGCCAGUUUUUUAUGGACAUAGAUGUCUGAUUGAUUUUGCUACAUACCUUGAUCAUGUUGAAUGCUUCAAGUUUCUGUGCUUCGUAUGAAAGUUUGUCCAUCUUGUUAUCA